CGGCACUCGAGUGAGGUAGGAUCUUGUACUGUAACAUCAAGGGGACGUGUGAUAACCUCGAGCCUGGUGCAGAACUGAGAGAUGCACACUGGAAGACCUGGUUAGUUUUCAGAGGAGCGGAAGCAGUUGUCAUCUAGUUAACAAAGGUGAUUCCUGGCAUGUUCCAGCCGGAAACAGAGAUGAAGGUACACAUGCACACAAAAUUUUGCAUCAUUUGUUUGCUGACAUUUAUUUUUCAUCAGUGCAAUCAUUGCCAUGGAGAUGGACAUAACAGUGGUCCCAAAAAGGAUCGUGUACACGACCAUAAUGACUAUCAGAUCUCAAAUGAAUCAUACUUCCAGAAUGGAGGAACAGAAUCUAUGCCCAGUAAAUUUUCAACGUUGGAAGCAGAAAAUGAACAAAAAUACUACAUUGAAAAGAUUUUUGAUCGCUAUGGUGAAAAUGGAAGAUUAUCUUUUUUUGGCCUGGAAAAACUGUUAAUAAGCCUUGGUUUAGGAGAGGUAAAAGUAGUGAUGAUAAAUCACGAUGAUAUUGGCCAUGAUCAUGUUUCUCACUUGUAUGCUUUGGAAGUACAGGAAGGAAAGCAUUUUCAUCCUCAUAACCAUGCUCACAGCCACUCAGAUUCGGAAAACCAGACCACGGCCGGUGCAUCUGCGAAGAGGAGCCAUAGAUGUGACGCCGAGAGAGACGCGGCGCUGCCCUCGCUGAGGGAGGACGGCAAACACGUUCACAACCAAAGCCGCCGCCACCACCACCACUCGCGCCCGCACCGGCACGAGCACAACGGCACGCGCCACUCGCGCAACGACUCCGUCAGCCACGGUGAGCGCCCCGAGCAGGGCCACGAGCCUUCCACGGACACAAACACCACUCAGGAUCAGCCAGAGCGGAAACAACGGAAACAGAAGAAGAAGCAGAAGAAGAUCAGCGAGACGUCGGGAGACGCUACGUGGGAUUAUGCCCCGGAGCACGAUCCCGGCGAUCAGUACGAGCACAAUCGCGUUCACAAACACGACCGCAUCCACGACGCCUCGCACGUGCACCACCACGACCGCAGCGGCGACCGCUCCGCCAGCCACGGACACCAGGAUGGCAGCUCGGGCAGUGCCCCCGGGCACCGCCACACCAGCAAGAGAGAGGCCUCGCACAAGCAGAUCAGUGUGAGGAAACACGCUCUUCCUGCAGCGCGCGGGCACGGGGAUCAUAGUGAAGAUGGGCACAAGCGCGGAGAGUGCUUAAAUGCUACACAGCUGCUGCGAUACUAUGGUCUGGAAGCCAGCUCCCUAAUAUCUCCUGAGCUCUUUGUGUACAUGUGUCCUGCUUUGCUCUACCAGAUUGAGAGAAGGCUUUGUAUUGUACAUUAUGAUGAGCUGGAAGAUUUUACAAGAAAUAAAAAUGCAUCAACUGAGAAUAAAGAUAAAAUAGGUGCAUCAGCCUGGUUUUGUGGUAUCAUCUCUAUCACCGUCAUUAGCCUGCUUUCCUUGCUAGGUGUGAUCUUGGUUCCCAUCAUUAACCAAUGGUGCUUCAAAUUUCUUCUAACUUUCUUGGUAGCUCUGGCUGUAGGAACAAUGAGUGGAGAUGCACUGCUCCAUCUCUUGCCACAUUCCCACGGAGGUCACAACCACAGCCACCACCACGGCCAAGGGCACGAGCACAGGCGCGCGCACCGCCACGGCCACGGCCACGCGCGCACCGAGGGCUUCCUGCAGGACAACGAUCCCGUGCUCAAAGGGCUCCUGGCGCUCGGGGGCAUUUAUGUUCUGUUCAUCAUUGAGCAUUGUAUCAGAAUGUACAAGCAUUACAACAAGCAGAAGAGUAAGCAGAAAUGGUGCAAAAAAAACCAGACUGAAGAAUCACCAAUAGGAAGGAAACUUUCUGAUCACAAGUUAAAUAACAGGCCAGAUGCUGACUGGCUUCAGCUGAAACCCCUUGCAGGAGCAGAUGACUCAGUUUUGUCUGAAGAUCGACUGAAUGAAACUGAACUCACUGACUUGGAUGGGCAGUUGGAGCCCCCUGCCAAAAGCUACCUGUCUGUGGAAGAGGACAACAACCUGCACCACUCUCACAAUGAUGUCUCCCACGCCGGCCAAGAGCACGAGCUGCACGAUUCCGAGUAUGACAGCCAUGGCGAAGAUAAAAUGAUAGCUAGAAAACACAGUCACCACUGGCAUCACAAACAUUCCCAUCAUUCCCAUGGCCACUGUCAUUCUGGAAAAGACCUGAAAGAUACUGGGAUAGCUAAUAUUGCUUGGAUGGUAAUUAUGGGAGAUGGCAUUCACAACUUUAGUGAUGGCUUAGCAAUCGGAGCAGCUUUUAGUGCUGGACUGACAGGGGGAAUUAGUACAUCUAUAGCAGUAUUUUGUCACGAGCUUCCUCAUGAAUUAGGUGACUUUGCGGUGCUGCUGAAGGCAGGGAUGACGGUGAAGCAGGCCAUCGUGUACAACCUGCUGUCGGCCAUGAUGGCCUACAUCGGCAUGCUCAUCGGCACGGCCGUGGGGCAGUACGCCAACAACAUCACCCUCUGGAUCUUCGCCGUCACCGCCGGCAUGUUCCUCUACGUGGCCCUGGUCGACAUGCUUCCAGAAAUGCUUCAUGGAGAUGGAGAUAAUGAAGAGCAUGGUUACUGUCCUGUGGGGCAGUUUAUUCUUCAGAAUCUAGGCCUGCUUCUUGGAUUUGCCAUCAUGUUGGUGAUUGCCCUCUAUGAAGACAAAAUUGUGCUUGACAUCCAGUUUUGACCUGAUGCUGGUAAUCCCUGUGGUUCCAGUCUGUUGCUGUCUGGCUUUGAGUCUGCUCUGUGUGGCUGUGUGCACACUGCUCAGAGGACACGUGGUGCUUGCACUGCUUACAUAAGGACAGGAGAUUCCUUUCUGCCUAGAGUAGCUUCUGCUUUUCUCUAAUCCUGUCAGAUGAGCUUACUCAACACAACUCCUAAAACUUGAGUGAGUGACGUUUAGGAAACCCUAAAUCUGAGAAAUAAGGGCCAAGGUCAGGGUGCUGGAUUGGGAGCACUGCUUGCUUUAGAAAGAAAAAGUACAGGGAAAGAUCUCAUUUGGGGAAAUACCAUUCCAUUAGUGCACUUGGACAGAACCCAGAAGAUGUUAGAGCUGAAACUCACACCUGUGCAAGGAACCCAAGGAAUCUUUUAGUGCCACAUGAGUCUUGAGUAACACAUAGCUGUCUCCACGUGUGUCUAGAUCUAUACAGAUACAACAGGUGUGUGCACCUCUGUACACGUACCUAUUAAUCCUGUGCUGAUUUCCUGCAUAGUGGUGACUUGAAGUAUUCAAUCUUACAGCAGGACAUGGAAACCACUGUGCUGAGUUAAAUUUUUAAAAAGGAAACCUCAAGCCUAAACACUGUUUAAAUUCUUACAAGCUGUGUUAAGCUGCACUCCAUCAUUGCAAAGCUCCUGUGUAAGAAGGCAGGCUGUUGCCACGUACUCUGCAAAGUGUAACUUCUGUCAAGGGUCAGUUUGAUGAUGUUUUUC